AUGACCCCACGACCUGGAACAAUGCGGCUAACCUGCAUGUUCUCAUCCAUCCUGCUGUUUGGAGCUGCGGGCCUCCUCCUCUUCAUCAGCCUACAGGACCCUGUAGAGCUCACCCCCCAGCAGGUUCCAGGCAUGAAGUUCAGCAUCAGGCCCCCGCAUGAUGGCCACUUGAGGAUACCCACAGAAAGGGUCACACGCAGUUUACCUAGCGGAUCCCCAAGAGGCCUCCAACUGCAGGUGCCUGACCAGCCUCGACCUCACCGGAAGGCGAAGGCGGCGGGGUCUCCUUCGCGACUCCGGCAGCGCAGGCGGAGACUGCUCAUCAAAAAGAUGCCAGUUGCAGGGACCAUCCGAGGCAACAACUCGUCUGAGACCUUUAUCCAGCCGAGAUCCCACACCAUGGACAGUCGCUGGAUCAGCCUGCACCAGAGCCAGCAGGAGCGCAAACGUGUGAUGCAAGAAGCCUGUGCCAAGUACAGGGCCAGCAGCAGCCGCAGAGCGGUCACUCCGCGCCACGUGUCCCGCAUCUUCGUGGAGGACCGCCACCGCGUGCUGUACUGCGAGGUGCCCAAGGCAGGAUGCUCCAACUGGAAGCGAGUGCUUAUGGUGCUUGCAGGGUUGGCCUCAUCCACCGCCGAUAUACAACACAACACUGUUCACUAUGGCAGCGCCCUCAAGCGCCUGGAUACUUUCGACCGUCAGGGCAUCAUACACCGUCUCAGUACCUACACCAAGAUGCUCUUUGUCCGGGAACCCUUUGAGAGGCUGGUCUCUGCCUUUCGAGACAAGUUUGAGCACCCCAACAGCUACUAUCACCCUGUCUUUGGCAAGGCUAUCCUGGCCCGAUAUCGGGCCAACGCCUCGCGGGAGGCACUGCGGACUGGCUCCGGCGUGCAGUUCCCAGAGUUCAUCCAGUACCUGCUGGAUGUCCACCGGCCCGUGGGCAUGGACAUCCACUGGGACCACGUUAGCCGGCUGUGCAGCCCCUGCCUCAUCGACUAUGACUUCGUGGGCAAGUUCGAGAGCAUGGAGGACGAUGCCAACUUCUUCCUACAUCUCAUCCAGGCGCCUGGGAACCUGACCUUCCCGAGGUUCAAGGACAGGCACUCUCAGGAGGCUCGGACCACGUCGAGAAUCACCCAUCGGUACUUUGCUCAGCUCUCCUCCCUGCAGCGACAGCGCACCUACGACUUCUACUACAUGGAUUACCUGAUGUUCAACUACUCCAAGCCUUUCUCGGACCUGUACUGA